GCUAAGCCAUCUGUUUUCAUGGCCUGUCAUGGAGGGUAUUUGUCCUUUCUCAUUAUUCUUUUUUUUCGGUUAAUCGGAACUUAGUCUAGCCAAACUAGGGUCGGAACCUUUAACUACGAUCUUUAUCCAUGUCUUUAGAUAUUCGUUCAUGGUGGGAAGUGCCUAGUAUUGCACAUUUUUGCUCACUAUUCCGGACGGCAUUUGGACUUACAGAUUUUGAAAUUGAGGAUUUGGAAGAGGCAUUGUUGUCCGAUGGGUCGAUCGACGGGAGUCUUAACACGUUUUUAGGAGACCUCCACGCUCGACUUUUGAGAGGUCUGUUUGAGACCAAAGACAUACACGCUGAUAACUUUGAGCCGUUUUUAUCACAGAUUUUAAAAAUUCGCUGGGAAGACGAACUUGGGAAGGAAAACCCUCUCAAAGACAAAGAAUAUAGCAAACUUUCAGUUCAACAAAAAGUAAAGAUCCUACACGAUCUUUGUGACUUCCGUCUUGACGUUGCUGACGUCCCAGAGUUACUAAAAGGCUUGGACGCUGAUAGCUUACGUGUAGAACCUCUUGGCAGAGACGCAAAGGGUAGCAUCUAUUGGUACUUCUACGGUACUCGGCUUUAUAAAGAGGUUCCCGUGUUAACCCAAGAAGAGAAGGAGAAAAGAAAACUAGAAAAGAAAAAGAAAAAACUUGCAGCAAAAAAGAAGAAAAGAAAGAAGAAGAAAGUGAAGGCAAAACGAAAGAAAAGGAAAGCAAACUCUUCGGAUUCUGAAUCUGACUUUAUUACAAGUUCUAGCAGUGAAGAUAUUACUAGUGACGAAGACGACGAUAUUGAUAGUGAAUCUGAAGAAGAAAGUUCUAGCAACGCAGGUUGGUCUCUUGUGUGUUCUCUCGCUUCCGAAUGGGAAGAACUGGCUGAAUCAUUCAAGAAAUCCAAGAAUCGUGAUGAAAAGCUUCUAUAUCAAACCCUUUCAGAGGACUUUGUCCCUGAAAUUGGGAAAAUGAUAGAAGCAAAGGAAAAAGCAUAUCAGAAGAAACUAUUAGAACUAGCACCAAGACGAGCAUCUACAAGAAUAGCAAUCAAAAUGAGUAUGAGAGAAGACGAUGAAAGAGAAGAAGAGGAAGAGAAGGUGAACGAAAGGGAAAGACUAGCCGAAGAAAAGAGAAUAGAACAGGAAGAAAAACAGAAGGAAAAGGAAAGAUUGGCUGAAAAACGGCAACAAGAGCGUGCUGAGCGAGCACGAUUAAGAGAAGAAAGACAAUGGAUGAGAAUGAACGGUGAAAUCCCCCCAGAACUGAUGCCAGGCAUUAAUGGCCAGGAUGAAUCUAGCAAUGAAGGAGAAACCAAUAGAAGAGAGAGAGUUGCUGAAUUUGAUGGUGAUGAUGAUAGAGAUGAAGAUUUAUAUACGGGAAUGUACAAAGUUCUUGAUUACCUCAAAAAGCACAAUAACGCAUGGCCGUUUCUUGAGCCAGUUGAUGAGUCCUAUGCUCCUCAAUACCAUGAGAUAAUAGAGCAUCCAAUGGAUUUAUCAACUAUUGAAGAGAAGCUGGACAAAGGAGAAUACAAGACUCUAGAUGAGUUUCAAAAUGACAUGCAGCUGAUGUUUGAUAAUUGUGACGAGUAUAACGGACCAGACAGCAUGUACACAAAGAUGGCCAACACUCUAAAAGCAGCUUUUGAACGUCAAAUCAAGAAACAUUUUCCAGAAGACGAGGACAAUAGUGAUGAGGAUUAUGAAGAAGAGCUCCGCAAGGGAAGAAAAAAAGAACGGGAAAAAGAGAACAAGUUUAAACCCAGAAGAACUGAAUUUUCAAUUGAUGACUUUGUUGGUAACAAGGUGGACACACAGUCACCAAACAAGACAAUGGGCUCAAUGCCGUUCCCGUUUAUGAAUGAAAUGGGUAUGAACAGAAUGCCUAACCCCAUGAUGGCUGGGCGUCGCCCACAGGACUACCAGUUUCCUCAAGGGGUAGCACCAGGAUAUGGUCCUGAUGGACGACCAAUGUACCCUCCACAGUUUUAUCAAAAUUAUUAUAACGCAGCAAUAGCACGGUUCAACCUCCCUCAGCAGCAUCAGUUUAAUCAAUACCAAUACCAACCCCCUCCCCUGACAAGAGCACCGAUGGCUGACACACAAGGGAUGAGUUACUCGCAGCAGGGUAUAUCAAGUCACAUGAGGUUUCAAGGACCAUCUCCUAAUGGCAUGACUGCCCCUGGGUUACCAAGGAUGCAGGGCCCAACCAGGAUGGGGCUUCCCCCUGGUACGCAAGCAGGCCCUGGAGCUGUGCCACCAAGACCUAAUAUACAGGGACAUCAAACAAGACCACAGAUGAUACCCGAAUCAUCUAGAACACCAAUGUCAAGUCAAUCCUCAUCCCCAACACAUCAAGGGCAGUCUUCUACAUUACAACCUGAACAACGUCGGUACCCAGAUCAGUUUGGACCCAAUCCUGCAGGGAUGUCCAAUCGACCAGAUCAGUAUCGUAUGCCAAUCACCCCUAAUCAUCCAGGCGCAGCACAAAAUCAAUUCCCUGGUUUUCCAGGAAUGAAUGGUCCUCCAAGGCUACAGAGAGCACAGAUGGAUCAAAUGGGUCAGCGACGAAUGGGAGACUUUGGCCCAAACAUGCAACGUAGUUAUGGCGUAAGGCCUCCAGGUGCCCAGCUACCACCAGGAUUUAUGCCCAGUGCUCAGGGCCCUCCUAGGUCACAAGCAGCACCUACAUCAUCAGUGCCCUCAUCGACAGAGACAUCCAUUUCUGCAGUAGCUUCGCCUGCGAGUGAAACUGAAGGAAAAAAUAAAAAAACAACUGAAGAUGAAUCAAAAAGUUCACCAUUACCAAACAUAAUACCUCCUAUAUCAACUUCAGCUCAACCAACCCCAACAUUAGUAACAACAGAGAAAGAUAAGAGAGAACCAGAACAAGCCAUCCCAAUGUCAAGACCACAGUCUUUUGGACAGCCGUUCCCUCCACAACCCUACUGUGGAAGACCCAUGGCACCUUAUCCACAGGGUCUGCCUCAUAGAUUCCCUUUAAUGCCCCAAGAACGACACGCUAGUGUAAUAAUGGCCCCUGGUGGACCUCCGACAUUAACCAAUAAAAAUAAACCAAUUGAAACUGUACAGCCCAAUAAAGAUAAACCAAAGGAUACAGAUGAACAAAACAAUUCAAAACCAAAACGAGAGACAGUCAAAAAACUCAGCCAAUCAGAUUCAAGGUCACAGAACACACCCACCCCACCAAAUGUGGUCACUAACGAAACAAGGGACCAGACUUCUAAACCUAAAGGCGUUGGGCUGUCAAUAAGUCAGAUAUUAGGUACCUCCCCUAGGGACACCUCAGCAGACUCGCCGCGAUCAUCCGAGAAUAAACCUCCUGUGAUAACAGCAUCGAGACGAUCCCCACCACCCUUAGUAUCUGAUCGAAAACGUCUAGAGGAUAUAAAAGGUAAAAGUGAUUCUAAUCGAUCGUCCCCUGCUGUAGAAUCACCCAGACAAUCGCAAGGCAGUAAUCAGGAAUGUCCUCCCGGGUACAAGAGCUGGCCCCUUGAACAAGGUCCUUCACAAGCAUCACCAAGACAAGGCAGCCCUAAUGUUGGAUCUGGACGUCCAAGGGGCUUCCUUGAAGAGCUAUUUAAUGGAAAGCCACCCAUAUCUAAGGACGUAGAAUUGGCUGCAAACCCGCUGAGUCAAGGAAGCCAGAGUUUACCAUUCACGUCCCUCUUAAAGGAAAUAGCUCCAUCUCGAGAGAGCCCCGUCAAGAAAGGUCCCUUUGAGUCCCAAGGUACUCGAGCAGGACUCGCCCUUAGUGGGAUGAAUCAAGCACACGAAGAUUUCAUGACUAGAAACUACUUAAGAGAUCGAAGUGAAGCUCAGAUAUAUGGGUCAUUUGCCAAACAGAUGAACCCUUACAGCAUGUACCAAGGCAAAAUGGGACCUGAGUCUAUGCCCACUUUAGCGUUUAGGUCCCAAGGUCAGGAGAUGGCGGGUAUAGAACGACAGCGAGCUUUACAGAUGACGGGCAAGAGAGCUCCCGAUAGUCAGUUCGUUGAUUUAGAUGCCAUGCAAUACAGAGAACAGCCAGGGUACCCCUCACGGGAACAGUUGUACCUGUUAGAACAACGUCGACAACAGGAACGGAUAGCGUCAACUCGAAGCUCUGUGAUUGGUGGUGAUGGUAUGCACGUGAUGGGCUACCCUAGCAACGUGAUGCUACAUCAACAGCAACAACAGCAACAGCUUUUACAGGCCAUGUAUGGAAAUCGUAUGCGAAAUGGAGACUUUCCUAAUUCCAUGUCAGAAGAUGUGACGCCAUCCAAGAUUCCGCGAUUCAGUUAACAUCAAGUUGACAUCCCUUUGAUACCAAGACGUCAAUCAUAGAUAUAUUUAUUAUCGAGAAAGCAUCUUUUUGUCUUAUUAUUCUAAUAGUUAACAAAUAUAUUGACAUUAUUAAAUCUAUCUGUAACGUGAUAUGACAAUAUAUCUUCGUUUACCAAUGUUAAAUCUUGCUACUUCAACGUAGAUCGUUUGUAUCAGUUGUCUUUUGGAUGUUCAGGGAGAUUUUUAGCUUCGUCAAAUUUUUUCAACAAAUUUUAUUAGCAUAACCCCCGAUUUUUCAAAUCUUGAUUAGUGUUUUCACCGGAAGAUUUUCUCGUUUCUCAUAAAUUUGAUAAAAUAAGCUUUUCCCCCUCAUUUUACCUCUUUUCUUUGGUUACCGUUUUACAUUUUCUUACGUGAAAACGAACGGAUUUUGUGUGCGAGAAACGUUUCCUGGUAUGUUGCGCUUAAGUAUGGUGAUGAAAACAAUUGGGUUUUGUUGUCUCGUGAUUGGCUGAGAGGCAAACCACUUCACUCUCACCAUUACACAGGUAAGGUUUUCUUGCUUUGCGUUUGGCUAAAAGAUGAAACCAUUUAAGUGUAGCUAUAGCACAUAUAGGGUUUUCUUGGUCUGAUUGCAUAAAGGAAACCAUUCAAAUGUCACUUAUGCACGUGGCUUUUUAAUUGGUUGGAAGAGAAAGCCAUCUGAGUGUCAUACCAUACGUUUCUCACGAACAAAAUCCGUUUAACUGAAGAAUAAACUAACGAUUCUGAGCUAAUAAAAUUGGCGUUCAAGUUGUUCUUGAACCAGUUCUCUGACUUUUUCUACAUUCAUACAGAAUAAUUAUUUGAUAAAUAAUCCUUUUUGAUAUUUAUUUUCUAUCUUUUUAACGUAUUUAUAAACGGUAUAACUGGCCUGCAAGUGCAUUACGCUAUUGCCGUUGCAAACUGUAAGAAGAGUAUAUGAAACCUUGUAAACAAAACAAACUAGCAAAUCGAUUUUAUUAAUAAAACAAACUGGAAAGUGAUAAAGUG